UUUGGAUUUUCCUGGGUUUCUCUUUUUCGUUUGCUUUUUUUCACUGCAUAGAAGAGGGAAAAAUCGAAAGCUGAGAAGAAAAGCAUUUCUUUCCCAUUUUCCCUCUCGCACUUUCUCACUCACUCUCUUGAGCACUAGCUUCUGGUUUUCUCCUUUUUCGAUCAAUGCCCAUUGCCCCAAACUCUCACAAGUUUUGAUUUUUAUUGUCAUUUGUUUUUUUUCCCCCUUCUGUUUAUGGUUUUGUGAGUGGAUAAAGCUUGGAAUUUUGCAGAAGGUUUUUGGGUCAGAGUCCCUGCUACCUUCUGCGAUUCGCUCUGAGAUCGGUUCCACUCAACUUACAGAAGAAUUGGUUGCAGUCUUUUUUUCAGGCUGCACCUUUAAAUAUUUCUCGUCUUUUGAAUUGUAUCAUGGCCAGUGAUUCUGCUGUAAUGUCCAACGGCAAUGUCAACUCACAUCCUCAUCCACAGAGGAAUUACCAAGUGGUUGUAGCUGCAACGCGGGCUAUGGGUAUUGGUAAGGAUGGAAAACUACCCUGGAGACUGCCUGCUGAUCUCAAAUUUUUUAAGGAGAUCACUUCAAUGACAUCUGAUCCUGGGAAGAAGAAUGCAGUGAUAAUGGGUAGAAAAACAUGGGAGAGUAUCCCUCUUGAGAAUCGCCCUCUUCCUGGUCGCCUUAAUGUUGUUCUUACGUGCUCUGGGAGAUUUGACAUUGCAACUGCUGAGAAUGUUGUUAUAUGUGGGAGCAUGUCCUCCGCAUUGGAAUUAUUAGCUGCUUCUCCUUACUGUCUGUCAAUUGAGAAAGUGUUUGUUAUAGGAGGUGGCCAGAUAUUUAGAGAGGCUCUGAAUGCACCUGCAUGUGAAGCUAUCCACAUUACUGAAAUUGAGACAAACAUCGACUGUGAUACUUUCAUACUUCCAAUUGAUUCCUCUGUAUUUCAGCCAUGGUACUCUUCCUUUCCUAGGGUGGAGAACAACAUCCGCUAUUGUUUUACCACAUAUGUACGAGUAAGGAGCUCUAUAGCAGAUUCCCUGAGUCAGAAUUCUGAUCAAAUUUGUGAUGAUAGAUCAGAUUCCUCAAAAUUUGAGGUCAAGAACUUCGCUUUCCUUCCUAAAAUGAUUUUUGAGAGGCAUGAGGAGAACAAUUAUCUCAAUCUGGUCCAAGAUAUCAUCUCUGAAGGCACUGCUAAGGAUGAUAGGACUGGGACUGGCACCUUCUCAAAAUUUGGUUGCCAGAUGAGGUUUAAUUUGCGCAGAAGCUUUCCUCUUUUAACAACUAAGAAAGUAUUUUGGCGAGGGGUUGUUGAAGAGCUUCUUUGGUUCAUAAGUGGUUCAACGAAUGCCAAGGUGCUACAGGAAAAAGGGAUCCAUAUAUGGGAUGGCAAUGCAUCCAGAGAAUACCUUGAUAGUAUUGGAUUGGCAGAGAGGGAGGAGGGUGACUUGGGACCUGUUUAUGGGUUUCAGUGGAGGCACUUUGGUGCCAAGUAUACUGACAUGCAUGCGGACUACUCUGGCAAAGGAUUUGAUCAGCUUUUAGAUGUUAUUAACAAGAUAAAGCAUAAUCCUGAUGAUCGGCGGAUUAUUCUCUCAGCUUGGAAUCCAGUGGAUCUUAAAUUAAUGGCCCUUCCACCCUGCCACAUGUUUGCACAGUUCUAUGUAGCAAAUGGGGAGUUAUCUUGUCAAAUGUAUCAACGAUCUGCAGACAUGGGCCUGGGUGUGCCCUUUAAUAUUGCAUCUUAUGCUCUCCUGACAUACAUGAUUGCUCAUGUUUGUGAGCUUGUUCCGGGUGAUUUUAUCCAUGUCAUUGGGGAUGCACAUGUUUACCGCAAUCACGUGAGACCUCUGCAGGAGCAGCUCCGUAACAUUCCAAAACCUUUUCCGAUUUUGAAGAUAAACCCAAAGAAGGAUAUAGAUUCUUUUGUGGCUUCUGAUUUCAACCUCGUAGGCUACGAUCCUUCCCAGAAGAUAGAAAUGAAGAUGGCCGUGUAACCAUCUAGGAGAUUGACUCUUAAUCCCUUCAGGCUGCCCAUGUUUUUUGAACUGAGGCGAUGAAGAUAUGAGGCUUUUACGUACUUAAUAAAGAGAGCUACUAGUUGGAAUUGAAGCUUUGGUAUAGGGUUGCUGUCAGUGGACAUUAUUUAGUUCCACAUCACAUGUAUGGUUUGGUGGUUCCUAAGCUGAUUUUUAGGUGAACUGCAUUUUGUUUUAUGUCAGUCAUUGGCUGUUUUGACUGUAACACAACGCAUACACAAGUCACACGUCGCAUACUUCAAAUUUGAGAUUAUAACUCGUCUUAUUAUUUGCUUUCCUACUUGGUUUUACAAUAUAGGUGUUCGUUGAAUUUGGUGUACAGAAUUGG